CAGCCCCACUCGCCAACCCCGGCGUUCCAAAUGCUUCUCCCUCCGGGAAGAAUGUGCGGAACCAUUCUGGGUGUGCGGAGCUCUGCAUAGUCCUUCCGCUCCAGCGGACCGCGGAGCAGCCAUCUUUUUUCCCAUUCGAGGAGUAUUUAGGGGUCGGGUCCUUCGGGCAUCUUUUCAGCGUCUCCCAAAUGCCCUUGGGACCAACAGGUAGCAGUUUUUCGUCUAGGGAGAAAAAGAGGAGCCGCAAAGAGCGGAGGAUUGGGGGGCAGGGCUGCCGCUGUGCGUUCCCGGGGCAGGCUGCUGUGCGUCGCCGAUCAGUUUUUUUAGGGAGAAGGUUGCUGAAUCCGGGGACCCUACUGUAAUUUUCCGGAGACCCAGACACAGUCUUGGAAUUUGACGACUUUUACUCCUUUUUCAGACCUGAUUUCUUUAAAAGCACUGCACGGAAAAGGAGGAGGAGGCCUACGUGCGUAGAAAGUUUCUUUUUCCACAAAGAUAGUCACAUAAAUCGGAGAAUGUGUGGAUCUUGUCAUAGGGCCUGGGAAGUGAUUCAACACUAGUUGCUGAGUUUUAUGCCAAUGAAACCGCCGCUGGCUGCUAAGUGGUAUUGCUGGUUUUGCUAUGCAACGGAUGAGGAGACAGAAGAAACAGCCUGUUUGCCCGAGGUUGCACAAGUUGUAGGUGUUGCUGGUGUUGGUGAAACUGAGUUCAUAAUCUCUGUUAUAUUCUCCCUAAAGCGUAGGAAACUGGUAUUACAUGAAGAGAGGUUGGGACCUCAUAGGAUCUUGAGAGCAUAGUUUUGCCUAUUGGAUGAAUAUUUAAAACGUUUUCUGAACUAUUUCAUUUUGUUUUUUUAAGUACCAUUUAGAUCAUGAAAGUAACAUUUAAUCAUGGAAAUCUCAGGAAAUACAGAAAUACAUAAGGAAAAAUUUAAAUUACCAUAAUCCUACAAAAUAAAUAUAAACAAUUAUGAGUACCUUUUGGUCAGUUUAUUCUUGCAUAUGUUUCUGCUUAGUGGAGACUGUUCUCUCUGAAACUGACCAGUACCCAUCAGUGCUUCUGAAACUGUGAUCCACAAACCAGGAGUGUUGUCAACACCUAAGUAGAAGUAUCUGUCUAGGAAGCCCACCCAAGACCUUGUCAUUUAGAAUUUCUACAUCUGGAACCCAGGGAUGGAUAUUUCAAGAUUCCAAGAUUCCAACGUUGAUUCUUGUGAAGGCUAAAGUUAGAGAAACAUAGAAUAGAAUCCUAAUCUAGAAAUUUGGGCCUAAAAUAGUGGCCCAGUUUGAUGUCAUGAGCUCACCACACUGGAUUUCUAUUUAGUCCAGUGAGACUUUCUUUUCCUCCGACUGUCAGAGUCUUAGCAAAAUCAGGACAUAAGCAGAAGGCAACCUGGCAAGUCUAGAGUUAGAUGAACUCUGUUAGAAAUUGUGAAGAUGUUUCUCUUAGACUGUGAUAGUGUAUUCUCUGCCCUUCCUUGUACUAGAGGAUUUACUUUUUUUUGGCAAGGUCUCACUAUGUGGUUGCGAUUGGCCUUAAACUCACUAUGUAGCCCAGGUUGGCUUCAAACUCAUGGUGUUCCAUCUGCCUCAGCCUCCCAAGUGCUGGGAUUACAGAUGUGUGCCGCCACGCUCAGCCUGGAGGACUUUUUGCAAUGGGAAUCUUUGACUGCUAGUUCUUAGUAAUGUUAUUGCUGUAGCUCUCUCCAGCAUUACUACUGUUACUACUAUGAGAAUUUCCUGAUUUCUUUUUAACUUCUUUUUUAUGUAACUCUGUGAUUAUAGAAAACUUGCAAGAAUGGUAUAAAGAAAUCUCACGUACCCAGCCUAGAUUCAUCAGUUGUCUUUUGCUAUUCUGUCCAUGACCGUCUGCCAAAUAAUGCCAGAUGACGGAGCUGAGGCAAAGACGUGGUAAUAAUUUCCCCACGGUGACUCUACCAGUGAGUAGCUGUGCCACCGUUUCAGCCUGGACACACCAAUUUCAGAGCCUAUUCUUGCCUGUACCGUCUUGGUGUGUACCAGACCUAGACAGAGAGUCGUUAAUGUGAGCCACCCAGUGUGCUCGGACAGGCUGUCCUGCGAACUGCUACCUGAGUGGGUGAACAAGCUCUGCUGCCUUAGGGCUCUGUGCUUUCCCAGAAGGAAGAAUUAAACAUGAGUAUGUUGAAGGAAGCACUGACGUUCAAGGACGUAGCUGUGGCUUUCACCGAGGAGGAGCUGGGACUGCUGGACUCUGCGCAGAGGAAGCUGUACCAAGAUGUGAUGGUUGAGAACUUCAGGAACCUAGUCUCAGUGGAGCAUCAGCUCUGCAUGGGAGACAGUUCACACGCAGAAAGCCAAGAGCAGCUUUGGAUGAUGAAGGCCGGAGCCCAGAGAGAGCGUAACUUAGAGAAUAAACAAAGUGGAUUAAAGCCUAUUCAAGACAGAGGACCCCAUGAAGAGCUUUCCUGCUGGCAAAUCUGGCAACAAAUUACCAGUGACUUAACCACAUUUCAUAACUCCAUGAGAAAUGCUUGUCCAUUCUACAAACAAGGUGAUCCCGUCUGCCAUGUUGGGGUAGGGCUAUGUAUUCAAAUUUCUAAAGAUAAAGACAGUCUAGAAAAUUAUGAAACAGGCGUUCUCAAUGAUAUUGGAGAUCCAGAACUUCCAACUUUUAAAACCCAGGAUUCAUGGAGGAAAAGUUCCUUGCCUGAAUCACAGAAUUAUCAGAAGAGAUGUCCAGAAAUUUCUAUGAAACAUAAACUGUGUCAGUGUGGACAAGGUGUUGAUCAGAUCAGCUGGAUAUCAAAUCACCUUGAAGAGCAUAUAAUACACAAAAGUGAAAAACUUUACAGCUCCAGUGAUUAUGGGAAAGAUAACACACAUAGUUCAGCAUUUUAUCAGCAUGGGAUUCACCCAGAACAGAAACCUUACCAGUGUAAGGUGUGUGCAAAAGCCUUCACUGAUCUCUCCAGCUUUGAUCCUCAGCAGCAAUUACAUUCUGAAGAGAAGUCGCAAGUGUAUAUUGAGUGUGGAAAAGGCUUCCGGGAUAACUCAGUUCUUUGUGUUCAUCAGAGACCUAACGUGGGAGAAAAACCUGAGUGUGGUAAGGAAUUCAGUCAGAGCUCACGUCUGCAGACCCAUCUGAAAGUUCACACAGUAGAAAAACCACACAAAUGUGAGCAGUGUGGGAAAGAUUUCAGUCGUAGGUCAGCUCUUGCCGUCCAUUGUAAGGUCCAUGCAGGACAGAAGCCUUAUAAUUGUGAGGAGUGCGGGAGGGCCUUCAGUCAGGCCUCUCAUCUUCAAGACCAUCAGAGAGUCCAUACCGGGGAAAAGCCAUUCAGGUGUAAUGCAUGUGGUAAGACCUUUACUCGGAAUUCACAUCUUCAGUCCCAUCAGAGAGUACACACAGGAGAGAAACCGUACAAAUGUGAAGAGUGUGGGAAGUGCUUUAUUUGUAGCUCAAAUCUGUAUAUUCAUCAAAGGGUCCACACAGGAGAAAAGCCCUAUAAGUGUGAGGAAUGUGGUAAAGGCUUUAGUCGGCCUUCAAGUCUUCAAGCCCACCAAGGAGUCCACACUGGAGAAAAAUCAUACAUUUGUACUAUAUGUGGCAAAGGCUUUACACUGAGUUCAAAUCUUCAAGCCCAUCUCAGAGUCCAUACUGGAGAGAAGCCGUACAGAUGUGAAGCAUGUGGGAAGAGCUUCAGGAGAAACUCCCACUAUCAAGUCCAUCUAGUGGUCCACACAGGAGAGAAGCCCUAUAAAUGUGGGAUCUGUGGGAAGGGGUUCAGUCAGAGUUCGUAUCUUCAGAUCCAUCAGAAGGCCCACAGUGUAGAAAAACCUUUUAAGUGUGAGGCAUGUGGGCAGGGCUUCAAUCAGAGCUCACGCCUUCAGAUUCAUCAACUGAUUCACACUGGAGAGAAACCCUACAAAUGUGAAGAAUGUGGAAAGGGAUUCAGUCGGAGAGCAGACCUUAAAAUUCACUGUAGGAUUCACACAGGAGAGAAACCAUAUCAUUGUGAGGAAUGUGGGAAGGUCUUCAGGCAAGCCUCAAAUCUUUUGGCACAUCAAAGAGUCCACAGUGGAGAAAAGCCAUUUAAAUGUGAAGAAUGUGGCAAAAGCUUUGGUAGGAGCUCACACCUGCAAGCCCAUCAAAAAGUCCACACUGGGGAAAAACCGUACAAAUGUGAGGCAUGUGGGAAGGGCUUCAAGUGGAGCUUGAAUCUUGACAUGCAUCAAAGGGUCCACACUGGAGAAAAGCCAUACAAGUGUGGGGAAUGUGGUAAGUACUUCAGUCAGGCUUCAAGUCUUCAGCUUCAUCAGAGUGUCCACACGGGGGAGAAACCAUAUAAGUGUGAUGUGUGUGGUAAGGUCUUCAGCCGGUCCUCGCAACUACAGUCUCAUCAGAGAGUCCACACAGGGGAGAAACCUUACACAUGUGACAUAUGUAGUAAGAGAUUCAGCUGGCGAUCAAAUCUUACAAUUCAUCAUAGAAUUCAUGGUGAUAAGGCCUAUAAAAAUAAUAAGAAUGGUAAGAGAGAAUUCACACAAAAAAUUUUAUAAAAUGAUGUUUUUGAAGA